AUUGUUUUUCUUAAUAAGCCAAAUAAAUUAAAUAAAGUGGUGCUUGGGCAGUCGGUUCAGAGCCAUAUGGCUCUGGUCGGUUCAGGUCGAAUCUUUCUAUUAUCCUACGUUCACCACUAGGUGUCGAAUCUCCACGGUUACGUCAAGCAACUGUCAAAAGCUGUGUUAGGUUUCUUCUCAUCAGGCUGUUUGUGUCAGCUUACAUUUAGUUAAUAGCAGGAAUUGUUGAUAAGGAUAGAGCUCAGAUUAAUCCGUCUGUUGGUUGGUAUCUAGUAGCAAUGGCUCACAUGAAAAUAUAUGGUCUUUUAAAAUCGGAAACUUUCCACAUAGCAAAAUGUUGUGCCGAGGAUUUGCAUCGAAAAUUUCCAGACAAGUUUCAAGAACCAUUCAUUAAGCCUAUGCUGGAAUGUGAAUGGUACCAGUUUGUGGAAGAAAAGAAGAUUGAGAUUGGAGGAGACACAUGGGCAUAUACUGAUUUGGUAAUGUGUUUUGUCAAUGAAAAUUCAGUUGGUAAUCAUAAGGAAUUAUUACAAUGGGCUCAGGAUGAAUUUAAUUACGAAGAUUUUAGACCUGAAUCAUUGUACGCAGCUAUGGCACAAGAAGCAUAUACAGAUUAUUUUAUCAACAGUGAGCGUCAUUUCACAUAUAUGGAUAUCAACAUUGAUGGUGCUCGUGCCGGACAACUUUUAUUUGAGUUAAUGUCAGACAUUUGUCCAAAAACUUGUGAAAAUUUUAGGGCUUUAUGCACAGGAGAAAAGGGAGCCUUACCAAGUGGCUUAAAUUUAACAUAUGAGAAUAGUCAAAUACAUCGAAUUGUUCCGAAUGGUUGGAUUCAGGGAGGAGAUAUAUUGCAUGGAAGAGGUGAUGCUGGGGAAUGUAUAUAUGGAGGAGUUUUUGAAGAUGAGAAUUUUGCAAUACCCCACUCUAGUCGAGGAAUUCUGGGUAUGGCAAAUAAAGGAAGACAUACAAAUGCAUCUCAGUUUUAUAUAACAUUAGAGCCAACACCAUGGAUGGACUGCACUUACGUGGCUUUCGGCAAAGUUGUUGAAGGAACAGAACUGCUCAAAAGGAUAGAAAAUAUGUCAACAUUCAACGAAAGGCCGAAAGUGGAGUGCAGGAUAGCUUCUUGUGGGGAGUUUAUCCCUAUUGAUUGAAGCAUUAUCUUUUAUCCUUGUUUUUUAUUUGUAAACCUCUUCAACAAUGUGUUAGGAAAAUACGUUGGGCAUAAGUGUUAGACAAAUCAUUCCUAAAUAGACUUGGUUUAACUGAGACCCGUUCAUAACACAUUGAAAUGUAUUCAUAUGCUUUUCUAUCCACUAUUUUAUGUUAUUUUUGGCAUAUUAUACUACUGUACUAUAGUUUAUAUUUUCCCAUUAAAAUACUACAGAUACUGCA